AUGGCAUUCGGUUUCUCGGUCGGCGACUGCAUCGCCAUCGGCAAAUUGGUUGCAAGCACCAUUUCUUGUCUACACGAAGUAGGCGGUUCCCGGUCCGAUUUUCAGCUCCUGACCUGCGAGCUAGAAUGCCUCGAGCAAGCUCUCCAUCGGCUGGAAACCAUGGAGGCAAGCCAGCGAUCACCACAGCUGGACUCCAUCAGGUGUGCCGCCUUGAGCUGCCGGCGUCCGCUUGAGACCUUCUUGCAGAAGCUCCAGAAGUACCAGAGGUCCCUCGGCCAGUCUUCGAAACUGGAGGAUAUCCGGAGCGCAGGCAGGAAGGUGCAAUUCGCGCUCUGGGAAAAGGACGAGGUCAUGAAGUUCAGGAGCUAUCUCAGCGUGCACAUUGGGACGAUCAACGUAAUGCUGGCUGAGCACGGGUUUGAGAAGAUGGACUUCAUCGCCAACGAAACCGCGGCCACCCGGGACAUGAUUAAGGAAAGUCUUGAUGAAGCAAGGCAUACCUCUUCACGGCUUCACCAGAGCCUACUCUCUCAAAUUGAUUGCAUCGAAAAUGCUAGUUCUGUCCUAGGGCGACUUCUCGGCGUACUCAGCCACGACAUUCGGUCUUCCUUGGCUUCUAUUGCGACAACAGUUGCUAAGAUAUGCACAUACUCGCAGCAGAUGUACAACUUGCUUCAGGAGAUACGUGCGAACGUGCUCAUAGCGCCGGAUACAAAAUGGUCCUUCUUUCAAGCACCGGCUAUGCUGGAAGACGCACUGGGUCGCAAGUUACCAGUUCCCUCGGAGUACGAUCUCGACAUCUUGAGAGCCAUCAUAUCGACCCGAUUCCUCCGCGGGCCCGGGUCCGUCGAAGUGUCGAACGGAGAUUACGAGCUCUUUUACGCUGAGGGCUCAGAAAAGACCCUGUCUUGCGGAACUGCUCUGCGGCCCGGCAGCUCGAUAACCAUGGUCGUGGUGAUUCCGCAGACGCUCAGCUUUGCCACGGCUGCAACACGCAAGAGGCGGCAGUCGCCUGUCGAGUUGGGCAUGGUAUGCAACAGGAAUAUUGCCGAGGAGCUGAACGACCCUCAACAGGUCGGGCCAUUGCUACUGAAGCCGCGGGUACCCGAGUGGCCAACCACCAAGACGAUCUCGACCUCGUUCAAGAACGUCCGCUAUUCCCACGACCUGAGCGCCCCUUGGGCCUGGGUGAACUCUAAGCGGUCGGCAGCGCAGCCUGGGGCCAUUACGAUGGAGAAUAAAGAUCCCCGACUGAGACCUGCUCUGAUCUACUUGGAUUCGGUGAAACUGUCUCUGAUUGACGAACCCCUGACGUACCGCCAGGUAGUCGAUCUGCUGAGCCUGUUCAAUGCAGGCAAGCUGUCGCCACAUGACCUCAUUGAACGUAUGGACGUGCUGCUGUGCGAGUAUCCGUCGCUGACAAGAGGCUUCGUGAAAUUGCUCCUAAUCGAAUGCGGAGCUAGUUAUACGCACCCUGCCCCGAACAUCGGCGAGCUGGGGCCGGACGUAGUCCGGGGACAUCUGGAAGACGUGGUCGAAGACAUGGAGAACGGUGUCAUCGACCGGCUCGAGACCUUGCAACAACUGGAGUCGACGUUGACCGACGAGCAGUCCACCAUACCCAGCCCAGAAGCCCAUCCUUCUUCAGACGAAGACGAUCAGGACUGUAUAGCUUACAGAAACCUGAUGCGCGCGGCAUUCGGGGACUCAUGGCCAACCUGUCACCAAGCUGUGGACAUACUCAGGGACUACCAGAACGGGGUUGCGAGCCGCCAUGACGCGUUCACGCGAGCGGAGGUUCUGAUCAGCCAGCACCCGGCUUUCCUGAAAAAGUUUGGCCAGUUCUAUCUCCCACCCGCCUUGGAGAGCUGGCCAGCUGAGGAGAUCAAGCAUGAGAGUCGCUGA